AGCGCACGGACGCGACAUGAACACAGUAUUCUUAACUGGGCAGAUCAUCGGAGUAGUGUCCACCUUGGGCCUGCUGCUCUUCCUCCUGUCCCGGCUUUGGCCUCGCCGCGGCCCGGGGAUGAAGUGUCACGGUUACGCGGUGCUGAUUACCGGCUGUGACACCGGCUUUGGACACCAUUUGGCCCGCGCGCUGGACCGGAAGGGCUUUGUGGUGUUCGCCGGGUGUCUGCAGCCCGAGGGAGCGGGUGCACAGAACCUGGUCCGCCUCUGUUCGUCUCAGCUCCGGCUCCUCAAACUGGACGUGACACUGGAGCAGGACGUCCAGAACGCCAAGAAGACGAUCGAAGCCAACCUGCCUGAGAAAGGCCUGUGGGCAGUGGUGAACAACGCUGGGAUCUCAGAUUGGGCAGAGAUCGAGUGGUGCACCGCUCAGGACUUUCAGAACAUGCUCAGUGUGAACCUGAUGGGCUCCAUCCGCACCUCCAUCGCCCUCCUGCCUCUGGUGCGAGCAACUAAAGGGCGCAUGGUCUUCGUAUCCAGCAUCUUCUCCUUCUUCACCUGUCUCAACAUGGGGGCCUACAGCGUGUCCAAGAGGGGCCUGGAGGCCUUUGCAGACUGCCUCCGAGUAGAGAUGGCCAGCUUUGGGGUCAAGGUGAGCAUUAUUCAGCCGGGGAACUUUGGCCAGGCCACAAACAUUGUGAAAGUAAGGACAGGCGCAGACAUCUGGGAUCGCCUGGAUGAGGAGCGCAAACGCAUGUUUAACCGCCAGUACAUCGACCUGGCUAAUGAGUAUUUCACAUCCACUUGCCGCUUGGGCAGUGGUAGCACUGAGCCUGUAGUACUGGCCAUGGUGCACGCCCUGACCUCCACAAGACCCCGCCACAGGUACCUGCUGGUCCCGCCCACAGAGCUGCCCUUCUUUAAGCUGCUCCCCCUCCUGCCCUCAGUCCUGACUGACGCCCUCUUCUCCCUCAGCUCCAUGUACAGCACCAGGCGCCAAAUGCUUUAUGCACAGUAGCUCCUCAGACACUGGGUCUGUGCAACCUCAUGUAUAAUAUGAUGUGGAUGUCAACAUUUCUUAUGUGUCCUUGUUGAAAAAAUAAAGUAUACAGUACUGAAA